GGAAACAGUAGCUGUGCCUGUGAAUUGCCUCAGGCUGAGCUUUGUCACAGACAAGGGCUUAGAGAUGAUGAGAGAGGAGAUGGAAUCCUCAGCAAUGGAGACACUGGCACUGAUGUGUCUCUGGCAUCAGCAGGAAUGGUGGCAGGUUUCUCUUCUCAGCACAAAUGCUGGCAGGAAUCCCCAUCUGCCUCUAUGUGCCUUAUCGUGUUCUCUCUGCUCUGAAGUGCAAGAAGGAAAAAGCUUUGAAGGAGCCCGUAGGAUGGAAAACAUUCACAUGGAAAAUCUGUGACACGCUCAGGACUCUCCACUACUUUAGAAACCUCCUUCUAAACCAUGGGGAGGUGCAACAGCUGCAUGAGAAUGUUCCUGUUACAACCAAUAUCGUUACCAUUGAUAUUACCAAUUCUAUUGGCAAUAACAAUCUGCAUCAUUAUUCAUAUCAUUCAAGAAGCUUUUUGUGAUAACCCGUUGUGGAGAAAACCAAAAAGACUAGGAAGGAAUCAUUGCAUUCGACAUAGAAAAGGGGCUUGGAGAAAGGGACCUGAGAGAGAGGCAUUCAUCCCCGGCAGAUGCACAAGGACAGGGGAGAAGAGACAGAGACAGAGACAGAGACAGAGACAGAGACAGAGACAGAGACAGAGACAGAGACAGAGACAGAGACAGAGACAGAGACAGAGACAGAGACAGAGACAGAGACAGAGAGACAGAGACGGAGGAGUCUCCUGUUCCCAGAGGAAAUAGCAAGGACCCCAGACAGGGGAGAAAGAUGAGUGGGGAUGAAGGCCCUGCCCUCCCCAAUGCCCGGCCCUGGCUGUGCAGCAGAGCUCGCCAUUCCAGCUGGGGAGGUGAGGAUUCCCCUGCGAGCUGAGCAGGAACAGCCCCUUGCCGUGAGUCAGGCCCCAGAGGCACGGAAUGCUCCCAGUGCCAAUGGCUCAGGGAGCCACGGCGGCUGCUGCUGGACCCGCGAGAAACCCAGAAGGAGCAUUGCAGGCACUGCAAGGACAGCUCACGGCUCUGCCUGCUCCCGCCGCUGCUGCUUCCUCUGCUCCCCCAGAGAGGCGUUUCCAGCAGCUCGGCUGUCUCGGGGCUGCGCCGUGCUCCCUCACUCUUCCUCACUCAGCAAACACGCAGCUUGCUCUCGCCAUGCACCUCGCCUCUCUCAUCCUCACCCUCUUCCUGGGACAGCUCCUGGGCACCACGGGGCAGAUCACGGUCACCCAGGACGAUGGACAAGUCAUGGUGAAGCAGGGACACCCCUUCCAGACCACCUGCAAAUACCAGAGCAGUGUUUCAGCUGCCUUGUCCUGGUACGAGCUGCGGCAAGGCCAAGCCCCACAGCUGCUCUCCUAUCAAGCAGGCUCUGGCCCCAAGCACAGCGGCCGGAUCACCACGCACCUGAACACCACGGGGAAAUACAGUGUCCUGAAGGUGGAGGAAGUGCAGCUCUCUGACACUGCCUUGUACCUCUGUGCUGUGACAGACACCCCGGUGCAGGGAGCGUCCCCGGCUGUGCAACAACCCAGGGGAGGGACGGAGGGGAGGUGUCUGUGCAGGGCUGAGGCUGGGCAAGGGACGCUGCGCUCAACCCAGGGCUCACCUGAUGUUGCAUCCCCACGGCUGUACAAUGCUCUGAUGCUUUUGCACCACGUCCAACCUAAUAAUAAUUUGAGAAAGUACCUUUGAUAAUUUUGACUCACCGCUGCAUUGUGCAGCCUCAAAGUAAAGAAAAAUAUCCCCUGUGCUUCCCUGGGGACGUCCAGUCCCUGCACACUCCAGCCCUGCUUCUCUUGGUCCCACACGGCCUCAGCAGAGCCCAGGGCUGGGUGUGUGUUCCUGCCUUGGGCGCUCCUGCAGCAGCCCCGUUUGCAGGGACACGCGUGAAGCACAGAUUUAUUUGGGUGUGGCUCCAGUGUGGUGAGCAGCGAGCUGUGUCUGUCCGGGUGUGUGUCCCUCAUCGGGAGGGAAUUUCCUGACUGGGCCAGGGACCCUGAGCUCGGCUCUGGCCCUGCUCAGCACAGAGCAGCAGCGUCGCAGGCUCAGAAGGAGCCCGAGUGCAGCUGAGCGGGGCCGGCAGCUGCCCGCUACACAUGUGUGCAGGGCAGAGGCGCUGAAAUGCAGCCCCUGCGUGCUGAGCCCUCCCUUUGCUGCCCCUCCAAAGCUCCCGCUCGGCCCAUGCCGAUCUCGGGCCCAACAAGGACGCUUUCAGUGCAGCUCGGCCGCUCGGCUGAACUCAGCACAAACAGCACGGCCGGGGCCCCAGCACGGCUCGCAGCCCCCGUGGCCUCGGCCCCAGGCGGGACACAGCCGCUCGCAGCAGCGCUGCACAGGGCAAAAGGAGGAGCUGUGCCUUGUGCGCACGGACAGAGGCUCGGCAAUGCUGCCGCCCGUGUGCUGCCAGCGGCGGAGCGGAUCUGCUUCCCGUGCGCUGGCGCUGGGCUGUGCCAUGGGACACAGCCGCCUCUUGGGCCCGGCCGUGCCCCAAUUGCUGCGGCGCUCCUGGGGCCGGGGCUCGGAGAGGCGGGGGCUGAGCCCGGCCGGGGCGGAGCUGGCGGCGGCCGACAGGAGGCGGCACGGCCGGAGCACAGAGCCGGGGCUCAGGGGCC